UCUCUCUUCGUCUUCAGACGGCUAAAGUGUCAGCUCUUUGCUCUCUCUUGCCUGCCUGCCUACGUCGCCUUGUCAUCGUCGCCAAGUGUUUGAUUUUUUCGUGUUGGUCGUCGCUUAUCGUGGUCACCAUGGCGGAGAAGAAGGAAGAGAACAUGCCGACCUUCAAGUGUGUCUUGGUGGGGGAUGGAGGGACUGGGAAAACCACCUUCGUCAAGCGUCACUUGACUGGAGAAUUCGAGAAAAAGUAUGUCGCCACGUUGGGGGUGGAGGUCCACCCGCUCGUCUUCAAUACGUCGAGAGGCUCCGUCCUUUUCAACGUGUGGGACACAGCAGGUAUUGAGAAAUAUGGAUCGGCCUUAAAGGACUACUACAUAAAUAUUGAUGCCGCUAUCGUAUUCUUCGAUGCCCACAAAAAGAGUACGCUCCAAAGCAUACCCGAAUGGGUUCAAACCAUCAGACGUCAGUGUCCUGGGAAGCCAAUUAUUGUGUGUGGUAACAAUAUGAACUCGGCUGGGCAGAAAGAUAAAGGAGUCGUAUUUUUACAAUUCAUCAAAUACUUUGAUAUAUCUCCUAAGAGCAACUACAACUUUGAGAAACCAUUUCUCUGGCUGGCUCGUAAACUUAUUGGGGAUGCCAACCUUGAGUUCGUCGCCAUGCCAGCGCUGGCGGCACCAGAGGUCCACAUGGAUCCUGCUUGGCAACGACAGAUUGAAAACGAUCUCCAGGAGGCAGCCAAGGUUGCUCUACCCGAUGAUGAUGAAGAUCUAUAAGCUCCAUCUUUUCUCACAAACAUCAACAAUAUCCAAGUGUCCUUAUUUUUGUAAUAUGAUAAAUUCCAGUAUCAAUUAUUGUGGAAUCCCAACUUCUCAUCGUCAGUCUCGAUCGCAUGUUCCCCAAA